UAUUCGCUCCAUUAACUCCUCCCACCGGCCAUUGGCUUCGGCCGAGGCUGAUGAACCAUUUCCAUUCGUGAUUGACGAUGGGCACCCUCCAGUUCCCAUCGGUAAUCAUCCUCGCGCUCCUCUUCUCCUCGGCUUUGGCGCUUACCGCUGAUGAGGCGGCGACCAUCGCCCGCCGCCAGCUGCUCGCCCUUGAGAGGAAGGGUGACCACGUUCACAUCGACAUAGACAUCAACAUCAAGAUCAGCAACCCUCGCCUCCGCACGGCACACACGGCCUUGACGGCGCUCAAGCAUGCGCUCUACUCGGACCCCAAGAACUUCACAGGGAAUUGGGUUGGGCCUGACGUCUGCACCUAUAAUGGUGUCCUCUGUGUCCCGGCGCCGGACGAUCCGUCUAAGAGCGUUGUGGCAUUGGUGGACAUGAACGGUGCGGACGUCGCGGGGCACCUGCCCAAGGAGAUUGGGCUCAUGACCGAUCUCGCUGUGCUCCACCUCAACUCCAAUCGCUUUUGCGGCAUCAUCCCAGAGGAGGUCAAGAACAUGACGCAACUCUACGAGUUCGACGCUAGCAACAACCGUUUUGUCGGUCCAUUCCCUGACGUGGUGAUGCGCAUCCCGAAGCUCAGCUACCUCGACAUCCGGUUCAACGACUUUGAUGGGCCCAUUCCACCAGAGCUCUUCCUAAAACCUUACGAUGCCAUCUUCCUCAAUAACAAUCGAUUCACCUCCGGCAUCCCGGACACUAUCGGCAAGUCCAAGGCUUCUGUGAUCGUGCUCGCUAACAACGAACUGGGCGGGUGCAUUCCCCGGACCAUUGGUGAGGCCGCCGCCACACUCGACCAGUUCAUCUUCAUCAACAAUAGCCUCACCGGUUGCCUGCCGGUGGAGGCAGGGCUUCUCGGCACCACCACAGUUUUCGAUGUCAGCGGCAAUGCGCUCACAGGGUCGAUCCCGAGGACAUUGUCCGGCCUGUCCAAGGUCGAGCAGCUUGAUUUGUCACAUAACAAGUUUACUGGGGAGGUGUCCAAAGAUGUGUGUGAGUUGCCGGCUUUGGCAAACUUGUCUGUUUCUUACAACUUCUUCACAAAGGAAGACACCCAGUGCAGCAUUGGCAUGGACACGACAUUCGAGGACGAAGCAAACUGCAUGGGACAAACAAGACCAUCACAGAAAAGUGGAGAUGAGUGUGCUCCCAUUUUGAGCAAUCCGGUUGACUGCACUAUGGUAGAACGUUGCGGAUGGCCGGGCGGAGGCAAAAGUUCACCACCAGUGGCAGUGACACCAGUGCACUCAGCGCCACCACAAGUUUUUUCUCUGCCCCCACCGAAAGCAUCCUCACAGCCGCCGCCAGUUCUUUCUCCACCACCGUCGAAAGCAUCCCCACCACCGCCUCAUGUUUCCUCUCCGCCCCCACCAAAAGCAUCCCCACCGCCACCUCCCGUUUUCUCUCCGCCCCCACCAAAAGCAUCCCCACCACCACCACCCGUUUUCUCUCCACCCCCGCCAAAAGCAUCCCCACCGCCACCUCCAGUUUUCUCUCCGCCCCCGCCAAAAGCAUUCCCACCACCACCUCCAGUUUUCUCUCCACCCCCGCCGAAAGCAUCCCCACCACCGCCUCCAGUUUUCUCUCCGCCCCCGCCGAAAGCAUCCCCACCGCCACCUCCAAUUUUCUCUCCGCCCCCGCCGAAAGCUUCCCCACCGCCGCCUCCAGUUUUCUCUCCGCCCCCUCCAAAAGCUUCCCCACCGCCGCCUCCAGUUUUCUCUCCGCCCCCUCCAAAAGCUUCCCCACCACCGCCUCCAGUUUUCUCUCCGCCCCCUCCAAAAGCUUCCCCACCACCACCUCCAGUUUUCUCUCCGCCACCACCGAAAGCGUCUCCGCCUCCACCGCAAUCACCACCACCGCCAAUACUAUAUCCCCCGCCUCCGAUAGAAUCUCUGCCACCACUCAUCCUUCCACCAAUAAUGGGUGUAAAAUACCAAUCACCACCACCACCGCAAUUCGCUGGCUAUUGAUCUGUUUAGAGCAUACAUGUGUGUAUAGUAGUUAACAUUUGUUGUUUCAAUAUUGACAUAGGAAAAAUUGAGUGUUAU